CCUCUGCACUUGGACUUGGACUUGCACUUGCACUUGCACUUGCUCUUGCUCUUGCUCUUGCUCUUGCACUACUUGCACUUGCGCUUGCAUCUGCAUAUCCGCAUCUCUCUCUCUCUCUCAUUCCUCUCCCACCCCCUUCCCUUCCCUUCCCCUCCACUCCCCUCCACUCCCCCUCCAAGCGGGCCCUAGCUAGUUCGUUCAAAUCGAUGACCGCCUUCCUCAUAAUGGACGCCAAUGCCCACUCGAACCUCUCUCGUAUCCAGACGUUGGCCCACGAGUGAUUUCUGAACCUCAAAUUUUCCAUUUCUUACACAUAGCUUGCUCAAUGUGCUCCAUACCGAUCUAACAAAUUUUCACUUUACUUCCAACCCCAGUUCGAUUCUGCUUCUCAACCAUGACUUUACCAGUCGCAUGUCCUCCUUCCUCAUGCUCGCCCUCGGACCCCCCGACAGUACCACAGCGCAAGCGAAGACGUCGAGCUCCAGCUAGCGGUGCUUCUGACGAUUGCUUCGCAUGUACCAAGAGGAGCCUCAAGUGCGACCGACGACGACCAUACUGUUCACAAUGUUUGGAGGUGGGCAACGAAUGCUCGGGAUACAAAACCCAAUUGACUUGGGGCGUGGGCGUGGCGAGUCGAGGAAAGUUACGCGGCUUAUCUCUACCCGUCGCGAGAUCAGCUCCAGCUCCCAAAAGUCCCCCGACGAAUCGACCAAGAGCUGCAUCGACAGUCUCGAGACAUCUCGAUGGCAGCGAUGAUGAAAUUAAGAUCAAGAUUAAGAUGGAGAAUAUGGCCUCCAUCCCUGCCAGCCCGUUUACAACUUAUGACUUUGUCAACAUGGCCCCCAAUGGAGUUGCACCCUCGUUGCACCAGCUGCCGGAGUGGAAUAUGGCUGUAUCUCAUGAUUACCCGAUACAUGACUAUCACCAAGACGCCAUGAACCAUCAAAGACAACUGCCGCAAUUACAUCGACUUCACACACUGAGCUUGGGAAGGAGUGAUGGUAUGGGACUAGCAAGUUCCAUCGACUCAUUAAGUACUUACGCAGAGAGCGAUUAUGCCUCUCCUAUCAGUCAAUCAUUUCCCGACCACGAUGCUCCUUUCAUGAACAGCCCGAUCCCGAUUUACAACAGCUACUCUUCAAGGAAUUCCACAGCAGAUAGUCCUGCUGCGGGUAUGAUGGCAGAUUCACGUGGUCCGACCUCAUGUCCUGAGCACUUCUACGCGCAAUCAGAAAUCAGUUCCAGUAUCAGCUCUCACCAGAAUCAAUAUGAUAUUAUCGAGAGCCGUCAACAUCAACCGUCUCCAGGUGCUCAUGAUUUGUUCUACGAUGACGACAUUCUGGGGGGCUUCCACCACGCCCAAGACACAGAGUUGUAUGCUACCAGUGCUCGAUCAAGUCAUUUUGGAUGGACCUCGGUCAAUGAUGAUGAUUCGCGUUCUCAAGCUGCUUCGGAUUCCGAUCCAUAUCACCUCGGUCACGACUCUAUGUCAUCCUCAUUCUCCUCAGAGAUGUCUCCUCGCAUAUCUUUCUUCCUGGAUUACUACGAGAAGAUCAUCUGUCCUUCAGUUGUUAUCCUCGACAGCCCAAACAACCCAUACCGAGAACAUAUCCUCGGCCUCGCUUCUACGAGUAAGAGCUUACAGCACGCAAUCUGUGCUCUUGCAGCUUGCAAUCUUCGCAUGAAGCGAAAACAAUCGCUCGGACAAGAUCACUGGCGUCAGCCCAUCGAGCUUGAGUUCCAAGAUCGAAUCAACGGCGGCAGCCGCCCCGUUCCCGUAAGGAGAGCCUCAAAUCAUCCAAUGUCACCCGAGGCACCACCUACAGAUUCUUCGCUCCAAGAAGAGUAUCAACACAGGACGCUAGCAGUCCACCUCCUAAACCAGCAACUAAGCGACCCCCAGAAGGCCCGUCACGACUGUGUUCUCGCAACAUUAUUUAUUCUCUGCCACUACCGCAUGUGCGAAUCUGGUGUCGCACAAUUCCGCACCCAGUUCGCAGGUGUCAAGAAGAUCCUUGGUAUGCGGGACUCAGGUGUCGAAACUGGCAACUGGGGCUGGAUGGAAACCCUCUUUACCUACUUCGACGGCAUCGCAGCCAGCAUCAAUGACCGGGAAGCCCAACUCCGUGGCGGCUAUUUAGAGAUGAUCGCCAAUCCAGUGCACCCUAACCAUGCUCUCGAAAAUAUGGCAGGUUGCGACUCCGUCCUCUUCAAAACAAUUGGCAAGCUCGGCCGCUUGAACAUGCUCUGUCAACACCGACCUGUCCUAGACCAAGCCGGACCACCAGACAUGGAAUCACGACGUCCCGCACCUCCUCGCCCUCGCCCUGGAUUGGCUGGCCAGGCACUGGCUGACUUCUACAAUCUGCACGCACACAAUUUCGACGGCAACGGAUUCGCUUCCACCCUCGACGAUGACGCUGCUUUCCCAGCUCUCACAUCCACCACUUCCCACGACGACCUCCGUACUACUUUCUGGCUCGAGUGGAAGGCUGCCCGUCAUGCUCUCCAAGAUUGGGAAUUCGAUCCUUCGCGGCUAGUCACCACUCUCCCCGUCACGCCUUCCCCGACACAACUCCGCGACUUCGGCUACAUAUCGGAAGCCUUCCGCUACGCCGCCCUUCUCUACACUGAACGUCUCGCAUGCCCUAACCUCCCAUCCUCGCACCUUAAUUUCCAGAAUCUAGUCUCACAAGUCCUGUUCUAUGUGACGAGUCUCGAACAAGGAUCUGGUGCCGAGAAGUUCCUCCUCUGGCCAUUGUUCAUCAGUGGAAGCGAGUGUGUCAAUGAGCUGCAGCAGAGCAUCGUCCGCACGAAGUGUAGAGAGAUCAUGGGCAGGAGCGGAUACCUGAACAACCUUGCCGGGUUAGAGGUCCUGGAGAAGCUAUGGGCGGAGAAGGAGGAGGGUACUUGUGCAGGCAAUGGAGAGUUUGGCGUGCCCUUCAGGUGGUCGAAGUUUAUGGAGAGCAGUGAUGGGGAGUGGAUUAUGGUAUGAGGAGGGAUCAACUUGAAAGAAGAGAGUCUUCUUUCCUAGCCCAGUCACUCGAUGCUUUUCACGUGACAUUGGCCGGACCAGAUGAUGGCGCUUUUUCAUACAUCUCAAUCUCCCAACACGAGAUCGACACAACGAAGGAAGACGACGAAUAAGAGUUAACGCUUAUGUCAUCGCAUUGUCACGAAUUCUGAUCCGUUUCACGACUAUCGCAACAACAAAAGUAUCGCAUCACGGCAUUUCAUUAGUCCUUACUGCAGCAGAGUUAGCAAGCAAGUAAGCAUGGAGGAAUGGGAUUGGGAACAUCCACAUGGAAGUGUUUCACUUUUUAUUUGGUUGGGAUUUGCAUUUGAUUUGGAUAUUCGGCGCUGGGCGCAGAUAUAGCACGUUUGAUGUGCUCGUCGUAGUGCGAGGUCGAUGAUACGCUAUGCAAUGCUACGCGAUAUGAUAUGAUAUAUGCUUAAUGCAUAAUGGCUAGACGACAGUUGAGGGUUGGAUUUGUAACAAGAGGUGUGAUGGGCUGAGUACUGGUGGUUGUAUGCAGAUAUGGUUGGGAUGUGAUGGGCAGGGUAGGACUGCGGGGAUAGGAGAAAAGAGACAUAUAUAGAUGAGAGAGAGAUAUAUUAUCGAUGAAUGGAUACCACCCACUACUCUGCUGCA